UGACGUCACAGCGUCGCCUCGCUGCAUGUAAACAAAGCGCCGCGGCUGCUGCGGUUCUGAUGGAGACAAACUGAGAGGAAUCGGAGAGAAAAGUGGAUGAAGUUCGUUCUUUUUGAUCCGGAGCCGAUGGCAGUGUGAUGGCAGUGAGAUCAGACUGAACCAGAACCAGCAACAUGUCUAUGGAAGACCCGUUCUUCGUCGUCAAAGGGGAGGUUCAGAAGGCAGUGAACGCAGCACAGAGCCUCCACCACAGAUGGAGCGAGCUGCUGCAGGAAGGGGGCGGGGCCUCCAAGGAGGAAAUGGACUGGACGACCAAUGAGCUGAGGAACAGUCUGCGCUCCAUCGAGUGGGACCUGGAGGACCUGGACGAGACCAUCAGCAUCGUCGAGUCCAACCCAAAGAAGUUCAACCUGGACAUGGCAGAACUGUUGAAGAGGAAAGCCUUCAUCACCAGCACCAGGCAGACGGUCAAGGAAAUGAAAGAACAGAUGUCGAGUCCAGGUGCGUCUUCAGGGGACAGAAAGAACCACCAGGCUCUUCUCGGUGAGCGCGGCCCUUCAGGUCCGAUCUGGCAGCCCGGAGGUAACAAAUACAGCCGCCUGGACAGCCAGCUGCAGAACGCCAACUCUCAGUGCAUCGAGGAGCAGCAGGGCCAGCAGCAGAUGAUUGCAGAGCAGCAGGACGAACAGCUGGAGCUGGUGUCGGGAACAAUCGGAGUCCUGAAGAACAUGUCGGAGAGGAUCGGCAUGGAGCUGGAUGAGCAGUCUGUGAUGCUGGAUGACUUCACUCAUGAGGUGGACAACACUCACUCCAGAUUGGACAAUGUCAUGAAGAAACUGGCUAAGGUGUCGCACAUGACCAGCGAUCGUCGUCAGUGGUGUGCUAUCGGUGUGUUGCUUGGAAUCCUGUUCAUCGUCCUCCUCCUCUUCUUCAUCCUCUGAUUGAGGCCUCCUCCUGUCAGCACUCAUCAAUCUGUCUACUGGACUCUACCGGACUCCACCGGACUCUCUCGGACUCUCCUGAUCUCCAACGGACUCUACCACACUCCACCGGACUCUACCGGACUCUACCGGACUCUAUCAGACUCUCCUGAUCUCCACCGGACUCUAUCGGACUCUACCGGACUCUACCGGACUCCACCGGACUCUCUCGGACUCUCCUGAUCUCCAACGGACUCUACCACACUCCACCGGACUCUACCGGACUCCACCGGACUCUAUCGGACUCUCCUGAUCUCUACCGGACUCUACCGGACUCUACCACACUCCACCGGACUCUACCGGACUCUCCUGAUCUCCAACGGACUCUACCAGACUCUAUCAGACUCUCCUGAUCUCCAACGGACUCUACCAGACUCUACCAGACUCUACCACACUCAACCAGACUCUAUCAGACUCUCCUGAUCUCCACCGGACUCUAUCGGACUCUACCGGACUCUACCGGACUCCACCGGACUCUUUCGGACUCUCCUGAUCUCCAACGGACUCUACCACACUCCACCGGACUCUACCGGACUCUACCGGACUCUACCGGACUCUAUCGGACUCUCCUGAUCUCUACCGGACUCUACCACACUCCACCGGACUCUACCGGACUCCACCGGACUCUCUCGGACUCUCCUGAUCUCCAACGGACUCUACCACACUCCACCGGACUCUACCGGACUCUACCGGACUCUAUCAGACUCUCCUGAUCUCCACCGGACUCUAUCGGACUCUACCGGACUCUACCGGACUCCACCGGACUCUCUCGGACUCUCCUGAUCUCCAACGGACUCUACCACACUCCACCGGACUCUACCGGACUCCACCGGACUCUAUCGGACUCUCCUGAUCUCUACCGGACUCUACCGGACUCUACCACACUCCACCGGACUCUACCGGACUCUCCUGAUCUCCAACGGACUCUACCGGACUCUACCGGACUCCACCGGACUCUAUCGGACUCUCCUGAUCUCUACCGGACUCUACCGGACUCUACCACACUCCACCGGACUCUACCGGACUCUCCUGAUCUCCAACGGACUCUACCGGACUCUCCUGAUCUCCAACGGACUCUACCGGACUCUACCACACUCAACCAGACUCUACCGGACUCUCCUGAUCUCCAACGGACUCCACCGGACUCUACCGGACUCUACCAGACUCUACCGGACUCUCUUGAUCUCUACCGGACUCUACCGGACUCUACCACACUCUACCGGACUCUACCGGACUCCACCGGACUCCACCGGACUCUACCGGACUCUCCUGAUCUCGUUGUCUGUCUGUUUUCUGCUGAGUCGACUGAAGGCACUUUUUGGUUCUCUGAAUGUCUGACUGUUAAUCAUGUGGAGGUCAGACCAGGUGGAACCAGGUUUGAUGUGUGUUAAAGAAUCCUGUUUGUUUUAUUUAAGGGCUGAAAAAAAAAAAUUCCACUCGACUGAAACUCUUUUUUGAAAACCACUUUAAAUCCAUGUUUACUCUACUUUGAAAACCACUUCAUGUUUACUCUGUUUUCAAACCAGUUGAACUUCAAUCCAAGCUGGACUUAAUCAUAACCGUUGACUCCAGUAUAUCUAUAUACCUUCAGUGUAACUACUUUAAAGUGUUUAACUCCGCUUGAAUCUUGACAUUAACUAAGUAUAACUUAAAGAUAAGUGUAUUUCCAACUCAGUAUUUAACUCUGUUAUUUUAACUCCAUGUUAACAUCAUUUUAUCUCCGUUUAAUUUAAUUGGUUUGACUCUGGUUCAUUUCAGGUUCAACUCUAGUGCAAUUCAUAUUUAAUCAUGUUACCACCAUAAUUGUAAUCCUGGUUUAACUCCGUUUGAUCAAGACUCAACUCUAGUCCAACUAUGGUUUUAAUCAGAUUGAAUUCUUAGUUUCAGGUUUAACUCUCGUUGAGUUAAAAUGUGGUUUAAUUCCAGUUUAUUCUUGAUUUAAUCAUUCUUCAACUCCAGUUUAACUCUGGUUAAAUUCAGGUUUAAUCUUGAUUUAAACCCAAAUUAAACUCGGCUCAAUUUCAGGUUAAAUCCUUUUUUAACUGCAGUUCAAAUAUGGUUUAAUCCUGGUUUAACUCUCUUUAAUGUACCUUUAAUCCUGUUUUUUAGUUUAGUCUGCGGUUGAAAUUAAUUUAACGGUUCGUGGAAAAAGAGUAAUAACACUAAAACUUCCUGUUUUUGUUUACAGUUUGCGUGUUUUGUUUUACUGACUGAAUCUUUUUAUGUUUAAUGUUUUAUUUCAGUUUAUUUUAUUGUUUUUUGUUGUGUCCCACAUUAUCAGAUUCACGGUACGCACGGUGGUAAUGAACGCGUUUCCUGUUUUAACUAAAUAAAACUGACUGUUGCAAAUAAAGUCUAUAAAUACAAAGAUUA